AUGAGGAGCUCGCUCUGCAAAGCGUCUGACGUCAUCCUCAACCUCUGUGCCUCCUCUGUGGUCUUCCUGUCUCGCAUCGCCGCCUGGAUGACAAUGAUCCAGAGGUCCACCUGGCUCCGACACUCCCCCUCCUUGCCAGAGAAACUGCAGAAAGACCUGCUGGAGGGCCCCAUCAUGACGAACGCGCUGUUUGGGGCCAAUUUCAAGGCCAUGCUUGAAAAGUCGAAAAAGUCCACAGAGGUGUUCCCAGAGCUCUUUCGGCGAGGCCUCUCCAUGGGUCGCUCAGUGAGCAUCUCCAGAGCAUAUAACGAUGAGCCUCUGUGCAUCCAGAGGUUUGACCCUGGUCUGGGACUCAUAGCACCAAUUAACCCCAUGAUGGCAGGAAUUAGUCUGGUCCCCCCUCCACCUGUACCCCCAGAUGUUCCCGUCAUCAAGGAGAUCAUCCACUGCAAGAGCUGCACUCUGUUCCCCCAGAACCCCAAUCUGCCCCCUCCAUCAACUCGAGAGCGCCCCCCAGGCUGCAAGACAGUGUUUGUGGGGGGUUUGCCUGAGAAUGCUACAGAAGACAUCAUCAGAGAGGUGUUCGAUCAGUGCGGGGAGAUCAUUGCCAUCCGCAAGAGCAAGAAGAACUUCUGCCACAUCCGCUUCAGUGAAGAGUUCAUGAUUGACAAAGCCCUCUACCUGUCAGGGUACCGAAUGCGAAUCGGAUCCAGCACUGAUAAGAAGGACUCUGGGAGGAUCCACGUGGACUUUGCUCAAGCCAGAGAUGACCUGUACGAGUGGGAGUGCAAACAGCGCUUACUGGCCAGAGAGGAAAGACACCGUCGCAAGAUCCAUGAAGACCGCUUUCGCCCGCUGUCCCCUCCUCCGAUUGUGCACUACACUGAGCACGAGGCAGCGCUGUUAGCAGAGGGGCUGAAGGGUAAGAUUGUUCCUGAAGCUUGA